AUGGGCCUUUCUAGCGUUCAACUUUAUUUGCAAUUCCGGAGCUCUCGUCGUCGCGUUAUUCCGAAUUUAUUUACCCUCUUCUAUUCAGUCAACGGAAUAUUCCGUGAACGGAAAUUCGAAUUAUACGCCCUUGCAUUAUCAGUCCUGGUUGUCAUAAUCUAUGUUAUAAUACACUACAUCAUCCCCAACAGCACGGACGAUCUCAACUUUAUCCCAAAAGCUAACCUAACUUCAACCUUCUCCCUAACCCUAACCUUAUCCCUAACCCCACAUCAAUAUCUUGCCGUAAUAGAACAUUAUCCCCCACCUUAA